UCUUUUCUCAUCUAACAAUCUGCCUCCGUAAUAAAUUAUUGCGACCCAGAAUUCUUUUUUUUAGGUUGUUAAGAAGUACCAAAAUCUCAUUCAACAGCACAAAACUCCAACCUUUCAGAUAUUAAAUCCAAACGUGAAAAUGGAAAACACUACGACUCUCUAAUCAGAAACCGAUUAGACACAAAACAACGGCGACUUAUUGUUAAGACAACUACUUGGAUCUGAUCUGCCUCAUCUUUCGACGCUUCCUCUUCAACCUUCUCAUGCGCUUCUUCUUCCACUUGGCCCUCAUGGUGAUUCCGUGUCUAAGCUCCUUCUCACCCUCGCUUCCGAAACCCUAGUAGUCCGGAGUAGGCUUCCGAAACCCUCAUGUUGUCAUGUUCCCCUCAAAUCCUGUGUAAAACUUCCAUCAAAUAGGUUCAUACCUUCUAUCGCCAACUUUCACACCCAGAAUCUAAAACCAAGCAAGAUGAGAAAGGGUGUAAAAAUAAAAGGAGUUAGAGGGAAAAUUCCGAAAAAAUCCCCGAUUAUUAUUGAGCAUGCGGAGGAUACAGAUCAUGACUUGGAAAUUGGGACUUGCAAUACAGUGUUCCCACUACAGAGGACACAGAAGUACUCCAUCUACAGUGUUCCCAACACACUCCGCGAGAUCAAUGGCUGGACAUGUUUCGAGCCCCGCGUCGUCUCCAUCGGGCACUACCACUAUAACCAACGUACACGCCUCCCAGUGAUGCAAAAGCACAAGCUGAUGUUCUGCAGAAUUCUACUGUCCAGAGCCGGAAAAACUGUGGAGGACUUGAUGCAAAACAUACGCCCACUUGAAGCUGAAGCCAGAGGUUAUUACUCAGAAAAGAUUGAGUUCCAGUCCGAGUCCGAGCUGGGAAACGAUUCAUUCCUCAAAAUGCUGAUUCUUGAUGGUUGUUUUAUAUUAGAAUUGUUUCAAAUACUUGGAAAAUCGAGACAGACAAAGUCUGAUCUGAGUGAUCACCCUCUCUCCUCCAUGGAAUGGGCAAUACCACAUUUAUACGGGGAUCUUCUUCUGCUUGGGAAUCAGAUCCCCUUUGUUGUUCUGAAAAAGUUGUUUGAAACUACCAAAAGUCAGGAUGAUCAGGAUCACGAUCCUUUGUCCUUGGUUGCUUUGAGAUUCUUUAACAAGGUAAUGGAAAGAAGGGAAGAAGAACUCAAAAAGAUCAGCAAGGAUCUCAAUGACAGCUUGCAUUUGCUGGACUUGGUUCGGAAAAGUUUUAUCCACGAUCUAGAUAAGCAACCAAACAAACCAAAGAAGAAAAGGCCAGAAACAGAAACGAUGGUGAUAUACUGCCUCACGAAGCUCAUCAAAGCCGGGAUUAAGAUCAAACCGCGUGAGUCGGACAGCUUCUUGGCUGUGAAAUUCAACAACGGAGUGAUUGAGAUGCCCAAAAUAACCCUCGACUACUGCAUGCAAUCUUUCUUGGUGAACUGUAUAGCAUUCGAGCAGUUCCACAACGAAUGCUCCAAGCACAUCACAGUUUACGCUUAUUUCUUGUACUGUCUGGUAAACACAGCCAAGGACGUCGACUACCUUCACGAACGCGACAUCAUUAACAGUUAUGUUGGGAAGAACAGCGAGGUCGUGCAAUUCAUCAACACAUUGGGAAAGCAGGAGGUUGAAACCGAUCAGUUUUAUUUAGACAACGUUUUCGUUGGAGUGCGCAGAUAUUAUAAGAACGAGUACAACCUGCAAUGGACGGGGUUCAAGGAUAGGUACUUUAAUACGCCAUGGUCAUUCAUUUCGUUAUUGGCAGCCGGUGUGCUCUUAGUGUUGACCGUUUUGCAGACCUACUUCACCAUCUGCGCUUAUGUGAAUCCUAAAUAAAGGGCUUUCUCCUACUCGAUCCCUCCCUCUGUUACGUGCAUGCAGUGCAUGUCUUCCGGUCCAUGUCCAGCUACAAAGGUGUCCGUAUGGGAGGCUGGAUGCUCAAGUUGUACGUGUGUUCGAUUAGCAGAUAAGUUGGUUAGUUGUUUAGCUGUUUGAUCAUGGUACAAUUCUUCUAGCUAUUGUGCUUGCUUUACUUUCACAUUUUGUCGCUUGUUUGUUUUAACUGAUGUUCUCUCUUCCAGCCGGCACUCGUAAUCAGGGUACCAGGAAUUAAUAUAUAGUGGUCUUUGUUUUU